AUGUCUAUUAAUCAAUCAAAUAAUAUUGAUGAUGAUGAUCCAAUUUCAAUGGAAGCAAAUGAUGAUAUAUCUAAUGCUCCAGUCUUCGCACAAAAUCAAACAUCUGAUGAUCGAAUUUCAAUGGAAGUAAAUGAUGACACAUCUGAUGUUCCAGUCUUCGCACAGAAUCAAACUUUGGAACAAGUGCGACGACGAACAUUUUCUCAUUGGCCACAUUCUUCAUCAGAAUUUAUUGAUCGAAUAAAACAAGCUGGAUUUUUCGGGUUUAACCUUGGUGAUCGUGUUAUAUGUAUUCAUUGUGACCUUAUCUGUCAACAAUGGAUACCAAAUAAGGAUGAUCCAUGUGAGAUUCAUAGAGCUAUUUCACCUAAUUGCUCAUAUGUACGAUUAAGACUAAUUAACUAUCAACCACCACCACCACCUGUCAUUAAUACUGGGCUCAGUCCAACAGUAAAUGUAACUCAUUCUCCUAUAAAUGUCUCAUCUCCUAUCGAUUUAACUCAAUAUGAAAUAAUCGCCAAAACAUCCCCUAACUCUCAAUAUAAUGAAUUAAUCAAACGAGUGGAGUCAUUUAAUAACUGGCCUUAUACAAACUUGCCAUCUGUUGAUGAUCUUGUUCGAGCUGGAUUUUUUUAUACAGAUAUGGCAGAUACUGUCACCUGUUUUUAUUGCACUGGAUCAUUACAGAACUGGAACUCAAAUAAUGAUCCUACGAGAGAACAUUUACGAUGGUUUCCUCAUUGUACUUAUGCUCGACAAUUAUCUAAUGAGAAUAACGUGUACCGAAAUGGUGUGGGAUCUCAACGUUCUCAACAAGUGCAACUCCUAAUUAAUUCAGGGUUUGAAAGAAACCGUAAUAGUGGAUCCAGAAUGAAUAUUUUGGCUAUUAAUCGUCUAGCAGCUCUACCUAAUGCUGAUAAUACAACAAAACGUAUGGUCGCUGCUCGAUUAGAUUUACCUAUAUCACAGCGAUCAACAAGGAUUUUUGGAGCAUCAAUUGUUAGACAAUGUUGGGAAGAUCAGUUACAAAUCAAAGGAGGUGAUUUUGUUUCUGAACUUGAUCUUUAUAUAGCUUGUAGAAUUCUUCACCCAUAUAUUCAAUAUAUUAAUGGUAACAGUCCUGGAAAUAUUGUUAUACCAAGCGUUAGAAUGAGACAACUAGAACUGCAAAGAUUGCCAGAUGUCAUUAAAUCAAUAACUACCCGUCUUAAAAUAAUACAAUCAACAGCAACUGGUACUCAGGCACAAGAGUUACCACAUAAUUUAACACCAUCCAAUCUUUGUGUCCUUUGCUUGACGGAAGAAAAACGACUUGCAUGUCUACCUUGUGGUCACUUAGUUACAUGUGUUCCAUGUGGUCAUGCAUUAAGAUCAUGUCCAAUAUGUCGAUGUAAAAUUGACGCUUUUGUGCGAAUAUAUAAUGUUUCAAAAAAACUGAACAUGAUUUUAAUGGAAUGA